CUCCCCCCACUUCGCAGAUUGUUGUCACCGUUCGUUGAUUUGAGCGUAUAAGUAAAAGGGGUCCUACAAUCUGCGCUUUGGAAGGCGGUACUCUUCUGAAGAACAUGGCCGUCGUUGGAGUUCUUGCUUUACAGGGAUCUUUCAACGAACACAUAGCAGCCCUUAGGAGGAUAGGGGUGAAAGGGAUCGAGAUUAGGAAGCCAGAACAGCUUCGCGAUGUCACUUCUCUUAUCAUUCCUGGAGGAGAGAGCACGACCAUGGCAAAGCUCGCUGAGUUCCACAACCUGUUUCCUGCGCUAAGAGAGUUUGUUAAGAUGGGAAGACCCGUUUGGGGAACGUGUGCAGGGCUUAUAUUCUUGGCAAAUAAAGCGACAGGACAGAAGACUGGCGGACAACAACUAGUUGGAGGACUUGAUUGCACUGUUCAUAGAAAUUUCUUUGGCAGCCAGAUUCAAAGCUUUGAAGCCGAGCUUUCUGUACCAGAGCUUGCAUCCAAAGAAGGGGGCCCUGAAACAUUUCGUGGAAUCUUUAUUCGUGCGCCAGCAAUCCUUGAGGCAGGGCCCGAAGUUCAAAUACUGGCUGAUUUCCCUGUCCCUUCUAAGAGAUUGUUGGGUUCAGAUCUCUCUCUUGAAGAUCAAAAGGAGGAUGCUGAGGAAGAAAGUAAAGUUAUAGUUGCUGUUAGACAAGGAAACAUACUAGGGACAGCUUUCCAUCCUGAAUUAACAGCAGAUACACGAUGGCAUAGUUAUUUCUCGAAGAUGGGAAAUGAAAUUACACGAGAGGCCUCAAGUAGCUGUGUCCCAGUUGGAGUGAAUGCUUGUUAUAAGCAGCCGCCAGAGAAUGACCUUCCUGUCUUUCAAUAGCGCCAAAAGACCUAUGGCAAAGCCUAUCUUAGUGAUUCUGGAUGAAAAUUUUUCCCUCCAUCUCAUAUUUUGCCUUUCGAAAUGAUAUACGAUGAUUGUUAGAUCUGGUGGGUAUUGAUAUAGCUGAAUAGUGUUCUUAGACCUAGUGUUUUUCUUCUGUGGCAAAUCUUGCCUGCUUCAUGUUGCCGUUCCUUUUUAAAUUAGAGCCAUAUUGAUUGUACCUUAAAGUCUUCAAUCUACUCAAAUUAGUCAACUGGUUCUUAUAUUUAGAAUCGGAAAUAAUAUAAUCACAUACCAAUUUUGAGUCAAAGUUCUUCCAUCCA